AUGUUUGACAAAAUAAAAGUUGGAUAUAAAAUGUCAAUAUAAGAAGCUAAUUCCAAUUAAAAAAUAUAAAUUUUGAAAAUUAAAGCCGAAAUAGGAGGUCUGCAAACUACUCCAAAAAAAUCAUGCUUUAUUGCCUCAAUUAGUAGCAUAGAAUCAAUGCAAGCUCCUAGCCUAGAAAUAAAUUACAAAUAGGAGUCUAAGAUUAUAUGUUAGCGUCCCAUAAGCAUGAAGAUUGUUGAGGGGGGAAACAAUUUACGUGAGUUAUAUUGGGAAAUCCCCAUUCAUCAAUGCUUAACCCUAACUAAUUAUAAAUAAUAUAUAGAAUUUAGUUCUUUAAAUAAACUAACAAUAUGCUAUAUAUCUGAUGAAGAGAGAAAAUAAAAGGACUUUAUUAUAUAAUUUAAUAAAUUCUAUGAUAUGCAUGUUGACUACUUUAUGUAUGAUAAUGAGAAUGAAUCUUUACAGAAGGCAAUUUAACAUGAAUUAAUUCUAUAAAGAUCAGGUUAAAAUAGAAUCCCAAUUAUUCUUAGAUUGAAUUCAACUGUUUUUUAUUAAUUUCAAAAUUAAAAAAUAGAAAUAAAAUUACAAAGCCGAUUUUUAAAGCACCCUCUUCCAUAAGUGGAAGUUGUUUUGUAUAACAGAGUUAUUUUUGAUAAUAUGUAAUAAGCAUAUCAUCAAUUAACUCAGAGAAUUUCUAAAAAACUGGAAAAUGUAGAGAAUAAUAAUCAUAAUAGUGAAGUGGAUUUCGAAUUGGAUUUAGGCUAACUUUAGAAUAUUGCACCAUUAUAUUUAGGAUAGAAAAUAGAAUCGCAUCAUAUUCUUCUAAUCAAAGUUAUUUUUGAAAAAUAAAAUUGUUGUGAUUGGAGUUAAAGAAAAUUUGAUAUAUUUGUUCCAAUUGAAAUCAUCACUUAGAAUCCUGAAAUUGAUGAAAAUAUCAAUUAGAAUCCUGAUAUCAUCGAAUUAGAUGUUUGGCCUCAUUUUUGCCAAUUAUAUUAAAAUUAUUUGAAGGUGAAAGUUCUUAAAGAAUAAAAUUUGAAAAUCUUAUGA